UUAUUAUUAAAGCGAAAUUUGUUUUUUGUUAUAUUCUAUAUAUACAUACAUGAAUCACAAUGUAUUAUAAAAAAAUUUCAUAUAUUAUUAUGUUUUUAAUAAAUAAUUAUUUAAUACUGGGAACACUCUCGCAAUCGGAUAGUUGCUUAACAUCAGCUAAGCGUCAAGGACAAUGUACAUCAGUUGAAAACUGUCCAAAUUUAAUUGAAGAAUAUUUUUAUAAACUUCAAACUACGCCAAUAACAUUUGACGCUUUUUUACGGACUAUAACAUGUGAAAUCAGUGUAGAUGCAAUGAAAAUAUGUUGUCCAAAUCGUAUGAUUCCAAAAAUACCAGAUACUUUACAAAUUUUAAGUCAAUCAGCACCAUCUCAACAACCAAAAGUAGUUUCAUUAAAUCAACCUGGAGUUUCUAUUUUUAGCUUUUCAGCAUUAAAUUAUAAUAGUAUAUCAGAAGUUUAUGAUGAAUCAUUGAUAGUGCCAUUAACAAUUAUUGGCAAUGGACCACUAACAUCAAAUACUGCAAAACCAAUUUUACAACCGAUUAAUAUUAAAUUACAACCAGGAGUAAUUCCAAAAAGUUCACUUGGACAAUGCGGUAUGAAUACUUUACCACAAACGAGAAUUGUAGGCGGCAAUGAAGUUAAAAAAGGAUCAUAUCCAUGGAUAGCUGCUCUUGGAUAUAUAAUAAGUAAAAAUGAUCCUGCUGAAUUCUUAUGCGGUGGAAGUUUAAUAACUACUCGACAUGUUUUAACUGCCGCACAUUGUGUUAAUAAUGAUUUAGCAUUUGCUCGUUUAGGAACUAAUAAUAUAUCAGGAAAAGAACCGAAUUCAAUUGAUAUUAAAAUAUUGAAAAAAUUUCAACAUGAACAAUAUAAUAUUAAUAGUAAUGCAAAUGAUAUUGGUUUAUUAAGACUAGAAAAAGAUAUAGAUAUUGCUGAUCAUAUAAUGCCUAUUUGUUUACCUUAUGGUUUAACAAAAGAUUUAGUUGGAAUGAAUCCUUUCAUUGCUGGCUGGGGUGCUCAAAAAUUUAGAGGUACCACAACAAAUAUACUUCGAGAGGCACAAAUUCAAAUUGUUUCCUUAGCAGAAUGUAAAAAAAAUUAUUCAACAAAAUUUAUUGCAAUUAAUUUUGAUGAUAAGAUUAUAUGUGCUGGAGGGAACCAAAUUGACUCAUGCCAAGGUGAUUCUGGAGGUCCUUUAAUGUUACCACAAUUGGAUCCAGUUAAAAUUGUUUACUAUUAUUAUUUAAUUGGAGUAGUUUCUUUUGGUUUUGAAUGUGCAGUACCAGGUUUUCCAGGUGUAUAUACAAAAGUCAAUUCAUAUCUAACAUGGAUAGAAAAUAAAGUUAAAUUGUAGAAAAAUUAUUCAAUCGGAUCUAUAUAUAUUUUGUGUAGGAAAGUUUCUCGUAUAAUUCUAAUUGUGAAUAAUUGAUAAUUUUUUUUAUAUCAUUUAUAUUAUUUAAAAGCAGAAUUUUUUUUUUGUCAAUAAAUUAACUUUAAAGUAUUAAAAUACAAA